UCGUACUCUCGCGCUCAUUCCCUUCCCUCCAUUCCUCUCUUUCUCUCUCUACUUUCUCGAUCUCUCGGAGCUGACGAGUGAAACUCCAACUCAUUGGCGAACGAGAAGUAGCAGCAAAUUCCGGUAGUUUUUCUGGCAACGGAGGCAUGGACUCCGACGAAGGGAAGCUUUUCAUCGGAGGAAUAGCGUGGGACACCUCCGAGGAGAAGCUCAGGGACUAUUUCAGCCAAUUUGGCGAUGUUAUCCAAGCCGUUAUCAUGCGCGACAAGACCACUGGCCGUCCCCGCGGGUUCGGCUUCGUCGUUUUCUCUGAUCCUUCCGCUCUUGAUCAGGUUCUUCAGGAUAAGCACACCAUCGAUGGCCGCCAGGUGGAGGCAAAAAGGGCGUUAUCAAGAGAGGAACAACAAACUUCCUCUAGAAGUGGGAGUUUUAACUCUGGCAGAAGCUCCGGAGGUAGUGGAUAUUUUAGGACCAAAAAAAUAUUUGUGGGAGGUCUGCCUUCGGCACUAACUGAAGAUGGGUUCCGACAGUAUUUUGAAAAUUAUGGCCAAGUAACUGAUGUAGUGAUAAUGUAUGACCAAAAUACUCAGAGACCUCGUGGAUUUGGUUUCAUAACUUUUGACAAUGAAGAUUCUGUUGAUAGAGUACUUUAUAAGAGCUUUCAUGAACUGAAUGGUAAACUUGUAGAGGUGAAACGUGCACUUCCUAAAGAUGCAAAUCCAGGAAGUGGUGGGCGUGGAGGCUAUCAGAAUUAUGGUGCUUCUGGCACUAACGUUAACAACUUUGAUGGUAGAUCAGAUGGUAAUAGAUAUAUGCAACCUCAGUCUACUGCUGGCGGUUUCCCCCCAUAUUCUGGAUAUAGUGUAUCAAGUUAUGGGUAUGGAGGACCAAACAGUGGCGUUCCUUAUGGAAGUUAUGGUAGUUAUGGUGUUGGUAUGUAUGGUGGUGCUAGUGCUGGAUUUGGUGGUCCAGCUGGACCAUUUGGAAAUCCAAGUGCAGUCAAUGCUGGUUAUCUAAGUGGAGCACCUGGGGGCAUGAAAAGUACUUGGACCAAUCAAGCUCCUGGAUAUGGUGGCCCUGGCUAUGGUGCUAGUCCAGGCUUUGGGGCUGCAGCUCCUUGGAGUGGCUCAGGUGCUGGUGGACCUCCUUCUGCCCCGAGGGGCCAAUCUCCUAGUGGGGCUUCUGGGUAUGGGAAUCAAGGUUAUUAUGGUGGAAGUGAUGGUCCUUAUGGUGGCUAUGGAGCCUCUGGUGGACGAGCUACGAGCGCCCCAAAUAGCAAUGUUGGUAGUGGUUCAAGUGGAGAGCCACAUGGCAUGAGUGGUGGUGGGUACAUGGGGAGUGGCUAUGGUGACACCAAUGGAAAUUCAGGUUACUCUAGUGGUGGCUGGCGAUCUGAUGCUUCACAGACUCCUGGUGCUUAUGGUGGUGGAUAUGGUGGCACUCAGUCCAGGCAUGGUUAACCAGUCACCAAAUGUUUACACAUGCCAUCCUUUUCCACGUGCAAGACCUAUGCUGGAUAGCUACAGAUCCUGAGAAUGGUUGGAUCUCUUCAUUCUCAGUGCUAUCAGGCAGUAGUAAUUCUGUAGUUGAAUAUGUCCAUUGCUUUCUAGCAGUAGUAAUAUUUAUUUUUAGGCUUGUUAUUUUGAGGUUGCUUAUUGUUGUGAGCAUUUGGAAAAUUGAAAACAUUGAUAAACUUCUUUUAUGUUUUUUCUUAAUCUCAUGUAGAAGCUAGAAUCGUAUCUAUUUACUUUUCUUUAUGUUUAUGAUGGGUGGUUAUGAGGAUAUUCUAUAUAUUUUUAUUAUAUUGCAAACUUAUUGUUUUUCGUGGUAAUUUUGGUAUAAGAUGUAGCUCUAUUUCUUUUUAUGCAUUCAAUGUUUGCUAAGUACUGGGCUUCUGCAGUUCCUUAGUGGAUGUGGCUUACUUGUAGCAUUCAGGUAGAAUACGCCAUCAGCUUCUCCUUGUUAUGGGGGGAUCUUUACAACUUCGUUCAUUUCCAGAUUAUUGAAAGCCAAGUAAACAUCAUUUUAGCUGAUAUUCUAGAGAUGGAGAAUUAUUUUGAUAUAGUGUUUUUAUAUAAGGAAAAAGGAUCAUUUUUGAGUUUCGAACUGUGCUUAGCACAAGUUAUUGAAUGGGAUUUGUGGCAUGCACAGGAAUUUCAGGUGGAGUUUCGGAGCUGCUGAAUGCAUUGUUUAACAAAUCUUUCAUGCAGCUAAUGGACUGAGGUUCGGAUAUUCUUCAACCGCCCAUCUCUGUUGUGGUAUGUCACCUUGAUAUUCUUGUGGGCAUAAGUAAGUCUUUUUCAUCCGUUCUCUAGUUUAGAUCUCAUGCCCUUUUUUCUACAAUUUUUGGCAUAACUACUUAAUAUUGGACUAUUAAGGUGGUUAGUUCAGUUGUUUGGCUUUGUACAAUUGAACCCAGGAACUUAGAUAUCAUCCUGAUCAAGAUAACCGACUUCAUCUCUAUGGAAUCCAAAGGUAUAACAAAAAUCACACCAAUAUAACAUAUAGGUUUUUUAGCGUGCAGGUGCAACAUACUGUUUAUUAUCCUAAACUCAUCUAUGUUUUGUCAUCCUAACCUUCAGUUUCUGCUUCAAUAUUUUGAAUGUACGUGAUCCCAGAUUUUAGCUCAAAUAUCAGUGGUAUAGCAAGUGCUUGGCAAGCUAGGGGAGUUACAUAGGCGGCAUCACCUUCUUCCAUCCCUUAGUUUCCAGCAUCUACUUGUUUGGUUGUUUUAUUACUUUUUUUUUUUUUUUCUUUCCGUUGUAAACUAUUGUCAUUUACCAUUUCACCCAUAAAUUAACAUGUGAAUCAAUAUUUCUCAUUUAGGUUAUAGAUAUUCUCUUCUGGA